AUGACAAUACAGGCGAUUGUUCAGCAGCAGUCGACUACGACAUCUUUACUGGAGACAAUGUCGGCAACACUCUCGGCCGUAACUGAUAUGCGUUCAAAUGCUACAACUCAAAAUGUUCAACUGUCAAACACUAAUCAGUCCGAGCUACGUUUACCUCCAAUAGAAAUACCAGAUUUUGAUGGGAAUCUUUCAAAUUGGAUACGCUUUAGAGAUUUAUACGUGUCUAUGGUAGAUUCGAGAACUAAUAUAUCGAAUGUUCAGAAGCUUGAAUAUCUACAAAUGAAGUUGAAGGGUGAAGCUUCUACGGUCAUAAAACAUCUAACGCCUACGAAUGACAAUUACAACGUUGCAUGGGAGCUUCUAAAGGAAAAUUAUGAUAACUCCGAGAUGAUUGUGGAAAAGUAUCUGGAACUCCUUUUUGAUCAAAAGCAUGUUAAGAAUGCAACGGCUUCCGAUUUUAAGAAAUUCUAUCACAAUACGGUUGAGGCGUACAAUGCUUUAAAAACUCUGAAGGGCUCUCUUGAUUCAUGGGAUUAUGUUUUGAUGUUUCACAUGAAGAAGAAAUUGGACACAGAAACAAUUACACUUUGGCGCAGACAACGUAAAGAGGGCGAAAUUCAAACGUUUCCACAACUAUUGAAAUUUUUGAGAAAUCGUGUAGUUGAAGUGGAGGAGGAACAGAAGGCUAAUGCAUCAAUAAAAUACCAACGUCAAAGUAAGAUCGCAAAUGUUGCUACUGCAAAUCAGUCGUGUCCAAUUUGUAAUGACGACCAUUUCUUAUACAAUUGCUCACAAUUCAAAGCGUUAGAUGUUGAUAAGCGUAAGGAAGUUAUUUUUAAGAACAAACUUUGUUUUAACUGCCUCAAGGGUAAGCACAUCUCGAGGGAAUGUAAAUCAGGUCCUUGUAAAGUAUGCGGUUUAAAACACAACACACUACUUCAUAUGGGUGACAACGUGCUAGUUGCGGAAAUCGGUCAACAAAGUGAUAGUGAUGAGAAUCCCACAACAAUCAACAUCAACGUAAACCAACAGGUUAAUCAUGAGACAACACUUUUACCAACGGCAAUAGUGAUGGUACGCGAUAAAAAUAAAAGCCUUCAACCAUGUCGGGCUCUCAUAGACUCAGGGGCACAAUCUACCCUCGUUUCGGAAGCUUGUGUUCAGAGAUUGCAGCUACCGAAAUCGCAUGAUAAUACCGUACUGUACGGUGUUGGUGGAGAAAAACCAAAUUAUACUAAGGGAAAGGUUCAACUGGAAAUAUUUGCUGAAAAGCAUAACAGGACACUUUUGGUUAAAACUUAUUGUUUGCAAAAUCUGACCCAAUACCUUCCUACCCAUACUGUUAAGAGCAAAAGUUUGGAUUAUUUCCGAAAUCUUCCUCUCGCGGAUCCAGCAUUUCAUCAAAGGAGUCGAAUUGACAUCAUUUUGGGAGCAAACGUAUUUCCACAUUGCAUUUUAGACGGACAACAUACACACCCAAGUGGAUCUCCCAUUGCUGUGAACACAAUAUUUGGAUGGAUUGUUAUGGGAGAUAUAAUUGAACAGCCGGUACGAUCGACAUUUGUGGCUCAUGUGUAUCCAAGUCUGGAUAUUCAACUACAGAAAUUUUGGGAGACUGAGGAAUGUACUCUUCAGGGUAAGAUUGUUAGCCCUGAUGAGGAAAAAGCCGAAAAACAUUACAUGGAUACUGUUCAACGACUGCAUGAUGGAAGAUAUAUGGUGAGGCUACCAUUUAAAAACGAUUCUAUAGAACUUGGGGAAUCUAAACUUGCGGCAAUGAAGAGACUUCAAUCUAUGGAACGGAGGUUUAUGAAAAAUGAAGACCUAAAGGUUGAAUUUCUGAAGUUCAUGGACGAGUAUAAAGAGCUGAACCAUAUGGAAACUACACCAAGUGACAUCAAAGCAGCUUAUUAUAUGCCUCAUCACGCGGUACUAAAGCCAACAAGCACUACCACCAAGCUACGUGUUGUGUUUGAUGCUUCGUGCAAGAGCUCAAACGAUUUGUCAUUGAAUGAUCAUCUGUUAGUUGGACCUACCAUUCAAAAUGAUUUAUUUACGAUUUUACUGAAAUUUCGGAAAUUUGAAAUUGGAUUUAGUGCAGAUGUCGAGAAAAUGUAUCGACAGGUGUUGAUACACCCCGAGGACAGGCCAUACCAAUGCAUCUUAUGGCGUAAGUCACCAUUGGAGGAACCUGAAACAUACCAGCUUCGAACUAUUACUUAUGGAACUGUCGCAGCACCAUUCUUGGCCACACGCACUUUGAAACAGGUUGCAAUUGAUAACUCUACAACACAUCCAGAUGUUUCAUAUGAAAUUGACAACAAUUUUUACGUUGACGAUUAUAUGUCCUGUGCGCCAGAUAUUGAAACGGCGAACUCAAUGCGUAAAAAUCUGUGUUCCGUAUUGUCAAGUGCAGGUUUUAACCUGCGAAAAUGGGCGUCAAAUUCACAUGAAUUUCAGGAGCCCAUUGGAGUAAAAGACAGAGAUCUAUCAUCAUCUGCAAUUAUAAACGACUCUGGAACAGUGAAAACAUUAGGUUUAUUGUGGAAUACUGAGUCUGACUGUUUCCAAUACAGCAUAUGUUUCCAGGAACAUUCCGAUGUAAUAACCAAAAGACAGGUACUUUCUGACAUUUCUAAGGUCUACGAUCCCAUUGGAUGGCUAUCACCAGUGAUAAUAACGUUGAAAAUAUUCAUGCAAAAACUCUGGCUUAAGGGUGUAAGUUGGGAUCAGGAUUUGCCCAGCCCUCUAAAGAAUGAAUGGCUUAAACUACAGAAUGAUAUGCAGCACAUCAAGGAUUUGAAAAUACCUAGAUGGUUCAACUUUCAGAUGGGAGAUAUUAUAGAACUCCACGGGUUUGCUGAUUCUUCACAACUGGCGUAUGCAGCUUCUAUAUACAUACGUAUAAUUAAACCUAAUGGUACUAUAUCGACUUGUUUGCUGUCAUCGAAAACUAGAGUAACUCCCAUAAAACAGAUAAGCUUACCACGUUUGGAACUUUGCGCUGCGCAUCUUAUGGUAAAGCUUAUGGCCAAGGUAAAGAAUGCAUUUGGAUUCCACGACGUGCCAACCUAUGGUUGGACUGAUUCAACAGUUGUUCUGGCAUGGAUCAGUGAUCAUCCUGUCAGAUGGAAGACUUUUAUUGCGAAUCGUACAUCAUACAUUAUCGACAAAUUACCCGCGACACAAUGGCGACACAUUUCAUCACAGUUUAACCCAGCGGAUUUGGCCACUAGAGGCGUUUCAUCUUCCGAUAUUAUGGAUAAUAGAUUAUGGUGGCAAGGCCCGCCUAUUCUUCAAAAUCCUACGCUCCCUUGUCAAUCAACAUUUGAAAUGGUUAAUGAUACAGAUUUGGAACGGAGAAAGAACAUUUCUACGGCAAUUGUUCACAAUGCCGACGAAUUUAAUAUUACCGAUCGUUAUUCGAAUUUCAAUACCCUACUUAGAAUCACAGCUCUGGUUCUACGUUUUAUUAACAACUGUAAAUUUAAAGGCGACACCUCCAGGAGAAUUCGAGGGUUCAUAACCACGUCAGAACUUAAAGCUGCUCAAUUAUCAUUGGUAAAAUUGUCUCAAGAUAAAUUCUUCUAUAAUGAAAAACGUAUUUUGGCUGCCCAAGGAUCUAUUUCAAGAACAAAUAAACUAGCUGCGCUUACCCCUUUUUUGGACCCUCAAGGUAUAUUGCGUGUAGGAGGCCGUCUCGAAAAUGCCCGAAUAAACUACGACCAAAAACAUCCAUUAAUACUUCAUGCAAAGGAUCCCUUAGCUUCUCUUAUCGUAAGACAUUAUCAUCUACAUCACCUUCAUGCCGGCACUAGGCAGUUACAAUACUUGUUGAGUUUAAAAUAUUGGAUACCAGACGUCAUUCAUCUUAUCAAAAGAACGGUUUAUAAAUGUACCACUUGCAUGAGGUUUAGGCAAAUUCCGUAUCAACAACGAAUGGGUGACCUUCCAAGCUAUCGUGUACAACCCUGUCCAACUUUUGAACGUGUGGGAGUUGACUUUGCCGGACCAACAUUAGUAAAAUCCUGGAAAGGUCGCGGUUCCAAAAAUUAUAAAUGUUGGAUUGCCGUAUUUGUUUGCCUAAGUACAAAGGCAAUUCAUCUAGAAGCAGUGACGGAGCUUUCUGCAGCAGCAUUUAUGGCAACCCUUCGACGGUUUGUAUCAAGACGUGGUAAGCCUAGACACAUAUAUACAGACAACGGUACAAAUUUUGUGGGAUGUAACCAGGAACUAAAGGAAUUAUUUGAAUUUCUGAGUGAUAACUUUGAGAAUAUUAAUCAGGAGCUGUCCUUUCAAGAAAUUCAAUGGCAUUUUACUCCGCCCUCGGGUCCAACUUUUGGCGGCAUUUGGGAGGCAGGCGUUAAAUCAGUGAAAUUUCACCUGAAACGAGUAUUGAAGAAUUCAAGUGCAACUUAUGAGGAGCUAUCUACACUUCUAUGUCAAAUAGAAUGUUGUUUAAAUUCACGUCCCUUGUGCCUGAAGUUUGAAGGUGAUGAAGAUCCACUUACUCCAGGACAUUUCUUGAUUCUUCGCCCGAUGGUAUCAAUACCAGAUGAAAAUUUGAUAAAUGUGAACGUUAAUCGCCUUACUAGAUGGCAAUAUAUGCAGCAUCUUGUUCAACAGUUCUGGUCAAAAUGGUCGAAGGAGUAUUUGUGUCAACUACAGAGAAAACCAAAAUGGGUCCAAAUUUCUAAAAAUCUUCAAAUUGGUGACAUGGUGUUAAUAAGAGAGGACAACUUGCCCCCCGCACAAUGGCUGAUGGGUAGAAUACUUUUGACACAUCCUGGCAAUGACGGUUUGGUCCGAGUUGCGACUAUUAAGACUAAAAAUGGGUCGCUGAAACGUCCAAUAUCCAAGCUUUGUCCACUUUUAUUGGAUUCUUGA